AUGUCUCAGUGAAAGUGAAAACAAACGUUAUUCCAGUCAUACAUCUCUGGGGAAUGUUUCUAAUGAUGAAAAUGAGGAGAAAGAGAAUAACAGAGCAUCCAAACCACAUUCCACUCCAGCUACUCUGCAAUGGCUGGAGGAGAACUACGAAAUCGCAGAAGGUGUCUGCAUUCCUCGAAGCGCCCUUUAUAUGCACUAUUUGGACUUCUGCGAGAAAAACGACACACAGCCAGUCAAUGCUGCCAGUUUUGGAAAGAUAAUAAGGCAGCAAUUUCCGCAGUUAACAACAAGAAGACUUGGAACCAGAGGCCAGUCAAAGUACCAUUACUAUGGGAUUGCAGUAAAAGAAAGCUCCCAGUAUUAUGACGUGAUGUAUUCUAAGAAAGGAGCAGCCUGGGUCAAUGAAACAGGAAAAAAAGAAGUCACCAAACAGACAGUGGCGUAUUCACCACGAUCCAAACUGGGGACGUUGCUGCCAGAGUUUCCAAAUGUCAAAGAUCUAAAUCUGCCAGCCAGCUUGCCAGAGGAGAAGGUGUCCACUUUUAUUAUGAUGUACAGAACACACUGUCAGAGGAUACUCGACACUGUAAUAAGAGCCAACUUUGAUGAGGUUCAAAGUUUUCUUCUGCACUUUUGGCAAGGGAUGCCACCUCACAUGCUUCCUGUAUUGGGUUCUUCCACAGUAGUAAACAUUGUUGGAGUUUGUGAUUCAAUAUUGUACAAAGCUAUUUCCGGAGUCUUGAUGCCAACGGUGUUGCAGGCGUUACCUGAUAGCUUGACACAGGUGAUACGCAAGUUUGCCAAACAACUGGACGAGUGGCUAAAAGUAGCUCUUCAUGACUUGCCGGAAAACCUACGAAAUAUCAAGUUUGAGCUAUCCAGAAGGUUUUCUCAAAUUCUUCGGAGACAGACAUCCUUAAAUCAUCUUUGUCAGGCAUCAAGAACCGUGAUCCACAGUGCAGACAUCACAUUCCAAAUGCUGGAAGACUGGAGGAAUGUGGACCUUAACAGCAUUACCAAACAAACGCUAUACACCAUGGAAGACUCGCGGGAGGAGCACAGGAAACUUAUAAUACAAUUAUAUCAAGAGUUUGAUCACCUUCUGGAAGAGCAGUCGCCCAUUGAAUCCUACGUGGAAUGGCUGGAUUCCAUGGUGGACAGAUGCGUCGUAAAGGUAGCUGCUAAGAGACAAGGCUCUUUGAAGAAAGUCGCUCAGCAAUUCCUCUUGAUGUGGUCUUGUUUUGGCACCAGGGUUAUUCGGGACAUGACGUUGCACAGUGCUCCCAGCUUCGGAUCUUUUCACCUUAUUCACCUGAUGUUUGAUGACUACGUAUUGUACCUGUUAGAAUCACUCCAUUGCCAGGAAAGAGCCAAUGAGCUCAUGAGGGCAAUGAAAGGAGAAGGAGGAACAGUGGAAGUACGAGAAGAGAUAAUACUGGCCGAGCCAGUUCCUCCAAGUCCUUCCCCAGUGCCUUUCUCUCCAGCUAAAUCUGCCACCUCAGUGGAUGUCCCAUCUGCACCCUCGCCUGUAAGCAACCAGUCUCCGGAGUAUGUUGGCAUAGCAACGACAACAGGGGCCAUGCAGUCUUAUACAUGGUCUCUCACAUACACUGUAACAACAGCUGCUGGGUCACCUGCUGAAAACUCUCAACAACUGCCUUGUAUGAGAAACCCUCAUGUGACUCCUUCAUCUGUUACACACAGAAUACCUGUUUAUCCGCACAGAGAAGAACACGGGUACACAGGGAGCUAUAACUACGGCAGCUAUGGAAACCAGCACCCCCACCCAAUGCAGAGCCAGUAUCCAUCCCUUCCCCACGACACCACUAUUUCCACACCCCUCCAUUACUCUGCUUAUCACAGAAGCUCUUCGCAGUACCCCUUCAACAGCCCGUCGUCCCGGAUGGAGCCGUGCUUGAUGAGCAGCACCCCAAGACUACAUCCAACCCCAGUAACUGCUCGCUGGCCGGAAAUGCCAUCCGCAGAUGCUUGCUACACAAGCCCCCCCAUGCACUCCACAAGAUAUGGAAAUUCCAGUGACAUCUACUCGCCGUUGACCACACGGAGGAAUUCCGAAUAUGAGCACAUGCAACACUUUCCUGGCUUUGCCUAUAUCAAUGGGGAAGCCACCACAGGAUGGGCAAAAUGAAAAUGACUUAGUAAAUAGUAUCAGCCUUACAUAUUUAAUAAAGACAGACACACAAAUUUCAAUGCCUGGCUUGUAGGUUAACAGAACUCUUACAUGGGACUUUUUAAUGGCUAUGAAGAUUGAAAAGAUCCUGGACACAAAAGUAUAAGUAAAGUAGAAAAGUAAAGGACCCCCUGGAUUCUUAAGUCCAGUCAAAUUCAACUGUGAGGUGCGGCGCUCAUCUCCACUUUCAGGCCGAGGAAGCCAGCCUUUGUCCACAGAGAGCUUUCCAGGUCAUGUGGCCAGCAUGACUAAACUGCUUCUGGUGCACAGAAAUGCCAUUUACCUUCCCACCGCAGUGGUACCUAUUUAUCUACUUUUGCUAGUAUGCUUUCGAACUGCUACGUUGGCAGGAGCUGGGACAAAGCAACGGGCACUCACACUGUUGCGCAGAUUCGAACUGCCAAUCUUACAAUCAGCAAGCCCGAGAGGCUCAGUGGUUUAGAUCACAGCGCCACCCGCAUCCCUCUGCCGGAGUGUAAAUGGGGUAGUGUGGUAGGUUACUCUAACCAAGCAAAAUUUUACUGCUGCUAUAAAGCAUGGUUAUUUUGGUGUUUUCUACAGGUGUCAUGCAAGUGGCUUAAAUUAGUUACAGCCUCACUAACCAUUGAAAGUUGCCGUAUCUGAACUGAGUUCCUGCUCUGUAAGCAUAGCUGUUGCAAUUUGCCUCCUUCACAAGGGCCAAAACUACUCAGAGAACGCCAGAGGUGUAACGGACUUGAAAACGAUCCAAUCUAACUCUCAAAAAUAAAUAUACAAAUUCCUCCACUCAUUAACCCACAUCUGCCCCAAAUUAUGAUAAACCUUCCUCCCAUCUUCCUGCUUGUGAGUCCCAAUUUAUAGUUGCAGCUGUAUGGAGUCUGCGUUUCUAUAAUCACACCACAGGAGUGCAGAAAUGGAUACUGAGUGGAGAAAUAGGUAUCCUGGAAAAAAAAUUCAUUGAUUUUAAGAAGAUGUUUCCUGCCCUUGAGAAAUGGGCAGGCUUGGGAGUGUUGGGGAAGUUACAGUGAGAUCUCAGAGGUAGGAGAAGUGGAUUCUGAACGCUUCAAUGCCUUGUACGUCACACUUAGGAGUGUCAGCUGGGAAGCUCCUAGUUGCAACCUGGCCUCAGCUAUUAAUUCACUAAGUGCACAGUAGGCUUGACUGCAGCAAGCCCAUGCCUUAGUACUGAGUCAUUGCCAAUUUACCCUAAAGAGAGGUAGUUGAGGAAUUAAAUGCAGCAUAGGUGUGGGGGGGAGGGGUGUUUAAAUUCUGCUCCCACCCAUCAUUCCCCACCUAUCCCACAAAACACUUCCCUGUUGUUUUCCGUCCAGGGGGCGCUACGGCUGGAAAUGAGCCCCAUUAGGAGAAAAACAUCUGCGGAGAAGUUGUCCGGGAUGUUGCACAGAUGAGGGAAAGGUGCUGCGUGUCCCUCCUGCCUAUGCUGUGCUUUAAGCCCCCUCCUUGGCUUUACAGGUGUUUGGCUGUGCCUGGUAAUAGGCCACGCACUCUCUCUCCACCAGCCUAUCUCAGACAGCGGUGAUAUUAGCCUGCCUUUCCAAGCCUUGUAAGGACUACUGAUGAUAUGAAGUGUCUGAGUGCUCGAUGUACAAUAUAUACUUGCUAAAUAUUAGUAGCCUCAGAACAAAUUAUGCAAAUUGAGAAACUAUAUGCGAAUACAAUUAAUUUGCAUAAGGGACUCAGAUUGAACAGUGUUUUGUUUUCUUUGCACAGGUUUUGAUAUUAUUAUUGUUAUUAUUAUUAGUGCGGCAUACACACAGCCCUAAUUAUUGUGGCCCCUGGCCCCAAGCAGAGUGCAAAUACGGAAAGCAAGAUGUGUGCCACACGGGGGUCGUGGUAUGUUCAAAGAACGAAGCAAACCAAAUAGAGCCAAGCUGUGACGUGAAGGGGAAUGCAAAGCCAUGCCCUGUGCCGCUACCCAAUGUGACCUGGUUCGUUCAAACACCUCAAAGCAGCUUUCUGAGCAGCAAGGAGAUAUCCCACUUAAGCACUCUUGGGCAGUCUUUUGAUUUAGUCAUGUCCUAAGUGUGCCAUGUUUUAGUCUACCAUUCUAAUCGUUUUCACAAAUAUUACAUGGUCUUUGAGGAAAUGUGCUGGGGCGAGAAAUCUAGUCCAUAUUUUUAACUAAUGGCAGUCGGAUCCAAAUUCUUGCCUCCAUUCUUUAACUUACUGGUCUAGCUCCUUAAAGAUGCUUUGCGGGCUUCUUCUGUUGUUCUCGGUUUCCUCUUUGAGGCUUCUAAAACGGCAUGUGGCAGUGCUCCAGUUUACAUGUAACUUUGCAUCCAUGACACAUCUUUCUAUUGAUCAAAUAAAUGUUAGUUUGCAAAGAGGAAGACAUAGAGUACUGGAUAAAUUGCUGACUUGUUGGCCGUGUUUCCGUGCUGCGUUAUCACCAUAAAGGUAAUGGGCCCAUAAUGACAAGCAACACCUUGCUACCUUGCGUGUGUCAAGAGCUCAUUGGUACCAACAUACCUUCCCCCCCAGUUGGCAGUUCCACAAUUCCGGUGGGCAAGUAGCAUCGGCCAAGCGGCUCACUCCAAGGUGAGGUUCUUCCUUGGGAAUAUCCCAAAGAUUGAGUUUCUCUAGGUCCCCACACACAUCUCUAUUCCUGCUUUCCCUAGGAGUUGUCUAUGAACCGGUCCAGAGGUCUAGGGGAGAGUAAGAUGCUGGAACUUUGGAAGGGUCUUGUGGACUGAACAUCUUGGUCUAGAUGCACCCAACAGGGUAGCAGCUGGGAAGAGGGAAAGCCUAUACAAGCUCCUUUGGGGCACACCUCUCGGGGGGGGGGGGCAAGUAUUUUUGCAGCCAGCCUAAUGACACACAAGAAACCUCAUGAUCAGUAUUGUCAAACUGCACAAAUGUUUGAGAGUUGCAAUGCAACACAUACACACCUGUAAACAAAUCCUCUACUUACCUACAGCUUGGAAUGAAUGAACUUCAUUCCCAGCUCUUUUGCCAGGACAAUUCCAUAAACUUGUACAGAACUCAAAGUUGUGCCUUUGAACCUAUGCUGUGUUAUGUAUGUGUGUGUGGGAAAUUAUUGUAUUUUGUGGGUUUUUCCCAUUGGUAUUUUUUGUCAGAUUCAUAGCUCUUUGUCAAAUUCUUUUGUUUGUUUGUAGAAAAUUAUUAACAUAGGGGUUUCUUGCUUCUGUAUUAUAUAUAUAAAAAAGAAAAAGCAGCAAGCAAUUAUGGUGGACUUAUUACCCUAUGGGUAAGAUAUAA